GUUGACAAAAGACAAGAAAUAGCGAAAAGCAAAGCAACGCAACGCAACCAGUAUCUAACACACAAGUAACUGAGAGGAAGCAUUGCAGCCAUCGACCAAUUUCAAUUGUCACUUUCUCAGAGAGACCAGAGAGAGAAUGAGCGGGGAAGGCAAGACUGUGUGCGUGACGGGUGCGUCCGGGUUCAUAGCCUCAUGGCUGGUUAAGUUGUUGCUCCAACGUGGUUACACUGUUCGAGCCUCUGUUCGCGACCCUUCUGAUCAGAAGAAGACGGACCACUUACUUGCACUUGAUGGAGCCAAGGAGAGACUUCACUUGUUUAAAGCAAACCUAUUGGAAGAAGGUUCCUUUGAUUCUGUGGUUGAUGGGUGUGAAGGUGUUUUUCAUACAGCAUCUCCAUUUUUUGUUACACCCUCGGAUCCACAGGCAGAAUUGAUUGAACCAGCGUUAAAUGGAACACUAAAUGUUUUGGGAUCAUGUGCCAAAAACCCAACUGUCAAAAGAGUGGUUUUGACAUCAUCUAUAGCUGCAGUUGCAUACAAUGGUAGGCCUCGAACUUCUGAUGUGAUAAUUGAUGAGACUUGGUUUUCUGAUCCAGAGUCAUGCAAGGAAAAUAAGCUUUGGUAUCAGCUGUCCAAGACUCUAGCAGAGGAUGCUGCCUGGAAGUUUGCAAAAGAGAAAGGUAUUGACAUGGUUGCAAUAAACCCAGCAAUGGUUAUUGGUCCUCUGUUACAACCAACACUUAAUACAAGUUCUGCUGCUAUCUUGAACUUAGUAAAUGGUUCACAAACAUAUCCAAAUGCUUCAUUUGGAUGGGUUAAUGUUAAAGAUGUUGCAAAUGCACACAUUCAAGCAUAUGAGAUUCCUUCAGCCAAUGGAAGAUAUUGUUUGGUUGAGAGAGUCGCACACUACUCUGAAGUUGUGAAUAUACUACACAAGCUUUAUCCUUCUUUUCAACUUCCAGAAAAGUCUGCGGAUGAUAAACCAUUUAUGCCAACAUACCAGGUAUCCAAGGAAAAAGCAAAAACUUUAGGAAUUGACUUCAUUUCCCUCGAGGAGGGCCUCAAGGAAACUGUUGAAAGCUUGACAGAGAAGAAAUUUUUUGGUGUGUGGAGGAUUUUGAAAACAAACAUGUGAUGGUGAGACACCGUUAUGACAUAUUGACUUAUCAAAAGAACUAAUCUGAAAGAAACCAAAAUUAUAUAUGUAUAUGUUGGUGUGCUGGCUUUUAUGAUUUUAUGUCAUAUCUGUCAUGUUAACUUUGUCAAUGAUUUUUAAAAAUGUUGAUGGUGAGCAAUACAUAUGUUAGGGUUGGGAACC